UGAAGCAGCUAGGGAGGGCGAAUUCUCGCCGCCCGGAAGGGGCGUGGCUGAUGGGACCGUGGCGCUAUCCGCGUCCACAAGAUCCGGGGGGCGGAGCGAAGCCUUCCCCGCCACAGGGGCUCGCCCCGCCCUACUGCCACGCGAUUGGUGGACUGGCCCCACCGGAGAAGAGAUCUGGACGACCUGCUGCUGCCACCUCCAAUGGAAACCUAGACAAAGGCGGGUCCGGUGACUGAAGAAGCAUGGCGUGGAGACAGCUGAAAAAGCGGGUUCAAGAUGCUGUGAUUAUCCUGGGUGGUGGAGGGUUUCUCUUCACCUCUUACUUGACAGCCACGGGGGAUGAACAUUUCUAUGCCCAUCAGCUGAUGCCAGCUCUGCAGAGAUUGCUGGACCCUGAGUCAGCCCAUAGGCUGGCUGUUCGCUGCAUUUCCUUGGGCCUCCUUCCUCAAACUACAUUUCAAGACUCAGAUAUGCUGGAAGUGAGAAUCCUGGGCCAUAAAUUCCGAAAUCCAGUGGGAAUUGCUGCAGGAUUUGAUAAACAUGGAGAAGCUGUGGAUGGACUUUACAAGAUGGGCUUUGGUUUUGUUGAGAUAGGGAGUGUGACCCCAAAGCCUCAGGAUGGAAACCCUAAGCCCAGAGUUUUCCGCCUCCCAGAGGACCAAGCUGUCAUUAACAGAUAUGGAUUUAAUAGUCAUGGACUCUCAGUGGUGGAACAGAGAUUACGGGCCAGACAACAGAAGCAGGCCAGGCUCACAGAAGGUGGACUGCCACUGGGAAUAAACCUGGGAAAGAAUAAGACCUCGGAGGAUGCUGCCUCAGACUAUGCAGAGGGGGUUCGAGUCCUGGGCCAUUUGGCUGACUACUUGGUAGUCAAUGUGUCCAGUCCCAACACAGCGGGCCUCCGGAGCCUCCAGGGAAAAUGUGAACUGCGCCGCCUGCUGACCAAGGUGCUGCAGGAGAGGGAUGCUUUAAAGGGAACGCGUAAGCCAGCUGUGCUGGUGAAGAUUGCACCAGAUCUCACGACUCAGGACAAGAAGGAUAUCGCCAGUGUGGUGAGAGAGUUGGGUAUUGAUGGGCUGAUUGUCACGAAUACCACAGUGAGCCGUCCUACCAGCCUCCAAGGUGUCCUACGCUCUGAAACAGGAGGGCUGAGUGGGAAGCCCCUCCGAGAUUUAUCAACCGAAACCAUCCGGGAGAUGUAUGCCCUCACGAAAGGCAGAAUUCCCAUCAUUGGUGUUGGUGGUAUAAGCAGUGGAAAGGACGCAUUGGAAAAGAUCCGGGCAGGGGCCUCCCUGGUGCAACUGUACACCGCCCUCACCUACCAGGGGCCGCCGGUGGUGGGCAGAGUGAAGAGGGAGCUGGAGGACCUUUUGAAAGAACAAGGUUUUACCAGAGUCACAGAUGCCAUUGGAGCAGAUCAUCAGCGGUGAGGCUGCUGCCAGUGGGAAGCUUGAUCUGGAACCUUUCCACUAAAUCGGGGCAGCCUCUGUGACUGGCUGGAGAAGAGACUGACUAACUCCCCAAAUCACAGGAGCCCUUCCUUGGACACCCACCUAGACUCCAAAAGUCAGUGAGGGCACCAAAAUCGACACAAGGCUUUCUUCUCUCACUUGUCAGAGCAUGAACCACAAUUGUGGUUCUAGAUUCAAGCAAGGUGAUGGGGGUGAGGAUAAUUCAUUUAAAAUCUAGAUUUAGGGCUGGGGAGAUAACUCAGCCUGUUAGAGUGCCAGAGACUCCAGAUGCCACAUGAUCAGUCACCAGCUCCACCUAUGUCAGAGCUGACUAGUAUUCCACCUUCUUUCUUUCUACCCCUCUCCUCUCAUUUUCUCUCUUACAACAAAUAAAUAAAUCUUUAAAAAAUAUAUAUGGGAGGGAGUCGGGCGGUAGCACUGCAGGUUAAGCGCACAUGACGCAAAGUGCAAGGAGCAGCAGAAGGUUCCCAGUUUGAGCCCCCGGCUCCCCACCUGCAGGGGAGUCGCUUCACAGGCGGUGAAGCAGGUCUGCAGGUGUCUUUCUAUCCCCCUCUCUGUCAUCCCCUCCUCUCUUGAUUUCUUUCUGUUAUAUCCAACAAUGAUGACAUCAAUAACAAUGGUAACAAUAAAAAACAAGGACAAUAAAAGGGAAAAUAAAUAAAUAUUAUAGAUGUGUGUGUGUGUGUAUAUAUAUAUUAUAUAUUCUUUGUGUGUGUGUAUAUAUAUAUAUAUAUAUAUAUAUAUAUAUAUAUAUAUAUAUAUAUAUAUAUAUAUAUAUACACACACACACACACACACACACACACACAAAUAAAUUAAAUCUGAACUGAGGUGGCUAGGGAAGUAGCUGGUAGAAUGCAACUGAGGUUCCCAGUUGAACCCCUGGCACCACAGUAGUACUUUGGUUUCUAUCUCAUAUAUGACUUAUUUGAUUUAAAAUAAUAAAAUAAACCGGGGGGGGGGAGUAAACCAUGGAUUUAAACCUCUACCCUUUCUGGAGGGCCACAGCUUUGCCCAGAUGUGGCAGGUCCUUCCAGGCCACUGAUAAUCCGGUUUGUUGUCUCUGUCUGUUAUUUGUAGGAAAUAAGGCUACCUUGCACACAUAAGGUACCACUAAAUGAUCUCACUGGGUCUUAUUCAUGAUAUUCCCAUGUGAUCCCCAGGCUCAAACCCAAGAGUUUGUAUAGAGUAUAUUCUAUUGGUUGAAUUAUCUUGUUUCCCGGCUCUAUGGAAAGGUGGUUAUUAAUUAAAGAAAUUGAGAAA